CUCUCAGACGCCCUGCAGCAGCGCGCCUGGGGCCUGCGGCGGCUGGGCGCCAUCCUCUCCUGCCUGGACGCCCGCCUGGCCGACAUCGUGGCCCGCUGGGAGGGCGGGGAGCUGCGGCGCGCGGGGCUGGGCCUGCAGGAGCUGCGGGGGCUGGUGUGUGCCGUGUUUGAGGACACGGACCACAGGGCCCAGUGCCUGCAGCGCAUCGAGGCCGCGGGGGCGUGA